CCAGAGAAGUAAGCUAGUCACUAGUGAAAUUAUUGAACUGGAAAAAAUGUCGACAGUUACUUCUCACACCCUACUGAGCCGGCCGGCAAGAUCUUCAGCUGGUUUAUCCUUUGGUUGUGUGAAACCAGCAGUGGUAGGCCUCCCUUGUGCCUCUGCUGGGAAGAACAGGCCUCGUUCCAUCUGUUACUCUGUGGAUACCAAGAGCACCGACCAUCAAUUUAACAUCUCACCUGUCGCCCUUGUGCAUCCAUACAUGCCGCCCACGUCGACCCCGCGAUGGGAGAUCAAGGAUGACAGCAAGAAUGUCAAGCUGACAUUAUUCAACAUGCCGGAGGGUGCCAUGCCGGGCGAUUUCCAGGUCGCCAUUGAGGACGACGUACUCGUGAUCAAGACAAAGCCUAAGCUGCCAGUGGAGCAGCAAGCAGUACCCGACGGCAGCAUCUCGUUCCACAUCCGGCUGCUGGUGCCCAAGGGGUAUGACAAGGAAAACGUCCGCGCCGAACUCCAGCUCCGGGCACUAGUCGUCACCAUCCCCAAGAUUAAUCCUGCGUUCACCAAGGAGGUUGCUAUCGACGGAAAAUAGGAAUGCAAGAACCCUGUUUUCUGGCAAUGAUGUCACGUCCAUUUUCAUUGCAACAGGUGUGUCAGUAUGUGGUUCAUCUAUUAUUAUGAGGCAGGUCGAUAAAUGAAAUAUCAGCAUGUUUCUGUUGCUGCAA